AGCAGAGGAGGGUGUUCAGCAGCGCUGCGUGCCUCCAGGCCUGCAGAAAGAAGAUCCGCAGCAGCGCUGCCUGUUUGUCCGCAGAUUCCUAAAAACCCAACAGACUCCGGUUGUUGUUGCUAAAAACCCGCCACUAUGUCCAUGUUCUCGGUCGUCCGGAAGCAGAUGAAGAGUCACCCCUCUCUGAUUCCCCUCUUCGUCUUCAUCGGUGGCGGAACGACGAUGAGCAUGUUGUACUUGGCCAGACUGGCUCUGAAGAAUCCCGACGUCUCGUGGGAUCGCACAAACAACCCAGAGCCCUGGAACAAGCUGGAGCCCAAUCAGCAGUACAAAUUUUUCAGAGUCAACAUGGAUUACUCCAAACUGAAGAAGGACCGGCCAGAUUUCUAGGUCCUUCCACAACCGGGGUGCCGAGUUUAUGCACUUUUUUGUUUUGCCAAAGUACAAGUUGAAUGUUGGUCAUUGAGCAGUUGAUUAUCAGGAAAGGGAUCAUAAACCUAUACAAGUUUGAAUAAAAGCAGGCUACCACCUGUUUUCUAUUGAGAAAUUCUUUUUUUUCUUUUAUGUGUUGUAAAUUAUUAAAACAAUUAAAAUGAUUAACCUCA